UCAGCCCAGACAGCCGGCGGCAACGGGAGCGGAAUUUCUCGGUGUGUCUUUUCCACGAUUAUUCGCUGCCGGGUCUCCAUAAUUAAUAGUCAAUUAGCUGUGAACAUAGGCGAAGAACCAACCCUGAACCCUGCACAGAGAUAUGAGCGGCAGCGGGCGGCCCAGGACCAGCUCGUUUGCUGAGCCGCCAGGUGUUCCAGGACUCGCCGCUGCGUCCACCGGAUCAGCCGCUGCCGUGGGGAGCAGCACAGGAAAGUCCGGGGUCCCGCAGGCCUCCGGCAGCAGCUCGUCGGGAUGCUCGAACCUCAAGCUCGCCAGAGACAGCGGGAAGGUGACGACAGUCGUGGCCACGCCGGGCCAGGGGCCGGACCGCCCACAUGAAGUCUCCUACACCGACAUCAAGGUGAUCGGCAACGGGUCGUUUGGCGUGGUGUACCAGGCCCGCCUCAUCGACAGCCAGGAGAUGGUGGCCAUCAAGAAGGUCCUGCAGGACAAGAGGUUCAAGAAUCGGGAACUGCAGAUCAUGAGGAAGCUGGACCACUGCAACAUCGUGCGGCUACGCUACUUCUUCUACUCCAGUGGAGAGAAGAAGGAUGAAGUGUAUCUGAACCUGGUGCUGGACUUUGUCCCUGAGACGGUCUACAGGGUCGCCAGGCAUUUUAACAAGGCCAAGAGCAUCAUUCCUAUCAUAUAUGUGAAGGUGUACAUGUACCAGUUGUUUCGUAGUCUGGCAUACAUCCAUUCCCAGGGCGUGUGCCACAGAGAUAUCAAGCCCCAAAACCUGCUCGUCGACCCAGAAACUGCCAUCCUCAAGCUGUGUGACUUUGGCAGCGCCAAGCAGCUGGUCCGUGGAGAGCCCAACGUGUCGUAUAUCUGCUCUCGGUAUUAUCGCGCCCCAGAGCUCAUUUUCGGUGCCACGGACUACACAGCCAACAUCGACAUCUGGUCAGCGGGCUGCGUCCUGGCGGAGCUGCUGCUGGGACAGCCCAUCUUCCCCGGGGACAGCGGGGUGGACCAGCUCGUCGAGAUUAUCAAGGUGCUAGGAACGCCGACAAGGGAACAAAUCCGAGAGAUGAACCCAAACUACACAGAAUUCAAGUUUCCUCAGAUCAAAGCUCAUCCCUGGACCAAGGUGUUUAAGCCCCGCACCCCCCCCGAGGCCAUCGCCCUGUGCUCCCGGCUGCUGGAGUACACGCCGGCCUCUCGCUUCUCCCCCCUAGAGGCCUGCUCACACGCCUUCUUCGACGAGCUGCGCCAGCCCAACACCAGACUGCCCAGCGGCAGAGACCUGCCCAUGCUCUUCAACUUCAGCACCACAGAGCUGUCCAUCCAGCCGCAGCUGAACUCCAGCCUCAUUCCUCCUCACGCUCGCUCUCACACGGCUGCUUCCACCCACGAUGGUUCUGAUUCGUCUCAACACAGUUCAGUACCAGGAUCUCUUAACAGCAUCUGAAGCAGCUUCUCACCUGCGAGCCUCACCCUUAUCCACACACACACACACACACACACACACACACACACACGCACUCUACUGCUCUCCUCCAUGCUGCUUGCUCUCCUCUAGAUGAUCAGUUUUGUACAGUAACUGUAUUGAACAUACACACAUUAUCUCUUCAGCUGACAGCAGUCGAAACUGUCAGGUGAUUGUUACACACACACACACACGGUUGUCUCGCUGCUGCUCAGGUGGUCUGAAGGUUCAAUAGUUGGGGCUGGUCCUCUGUAAUAUAACCUUUUUUUUAAUCAACUUUUUUCUUCUUUAUAAUUGUGUUUUAAUUUAUUUGACUAGAACGCAUCGUGUGGUCUCAAAACAUUUUGUCACCAGAGUUUAUUUUCUUUUUUUAUAUCCUUAAUUGUUUUCCUUUUAAUCUGAACUGGACACUGCCUGAGAUCAGAGGGCGCCCCCUGUAGGUCGUCAGGGUAACGGAUGCUGGGAUGAUGCAUUCCUUCAUCCUCCAGCCAUGUGGUUUCACCCAGCCUGACGUUGGAGGGUUUGAUGAAUCCUCCACGCUCGAGUCACAGAGUAGAAAACCUCAUCGGUGUCAGGUGUUUCCUCGACUUACCUCAUACAGACUUUCACCUGUUCGCCUUGUUUCCUCAUCUAGAGCUUUGCCUGGUAAAGGCGUGAAAUGUUCCCCGUAGAACACGGCUCCCCUACAUGGCCACAGUUGUCGUAUAAAGAUGUCUGUUAGGUAUUUCAGUGAUUUGUGUUGGGGCUCUUUCCUACGCCAUCCUCCCGGAGGGCAGCGGCGACACCCGGAGGAACUCCUGCUCUUCUUCUUCACCUCCAGUCUUGGUGUCGACCUGUGCGUUGCGAAGAGAUCGUGCAGCUCUGCUCGAAGCGGAUCUAGAAAACGAGCCUUUUGAAACGGAGCAAACUAAUUCCAAUUGUCGUAUCGUGUAAAUAUUAGUACCUCACUGGAUGCCGCUCGGUGCGCCGCUUUGCUCGUUGUCCUAGCAGCCGGUCAGUAGUUCACGAUUAGAUCAAAAACAUCAGUGCUCUGGAACUGCUGUCCCAGGUCACCGCGACGUCUAAGAAACUAGAGCUUCUGUAUCACGGCCUUCAAUGCUUCUGAAGGAAAGUUUACCCAGAAUUCACUUGCUGGAGAAAAUAACAAAUCCAGCCCCUUUUUAAACCAAACGACAGCCUUCACUGCUGGAGAUGAGUGAGUGUAGAUCACUGUGUGUGUGGGGGGGGGGGGGCGCUGUUCUGAGUCCAAAGGUGUGCGCCACCAAAAUGUGGCUUGAUUUGUAUUUUAUUUUUUGCUUUUGUUUUUUUCAUUUGAGACUUAAGACAAACGUUCAUGUCGUUCACGAAAAGAAAACGUUUGAAUCGGGGCAGUUGCUUCGUUUAAAAAGUCUUAAAAAUAGUUUUAAAGAUAAAUGACACAUUUUAAAGCUGCGGCCAGUAUUAAAAUGUGGUAACAAUGGUUACUUUAAACCCGGGCCCUAUUUUAUCAUGUUGAUUUGGACAAAUAUAUAUAUCAGAUUUUGUUGACAUCGGUCCAGUAUUGAGCGAGACUGCUCAAUGUUUUUUUAAUCUGCCGAGAGCUGAAACUGGACUGGGAGUCGGAAAGAGGAUCGUGGGAAGACUGUGGUGUCUGAGUGCAGAAAGCCUAACUUAAUGCUCAAAGCCUGACUUACUGCUCAAAGCCUGACUUGCUGCUCACCCAAAAGAUCAUCGGUGGAGACGUGGAUCCGGCCGGACCCUCGAGACGCGCAAACAAACCGGAAACGAUGUGUUUCUCUGUUCCGUGAUGCUGUGAGACUCGUCUGAUGCGAGCCCGCUGAGUGGCCGUGCAUCGAGUUGACCCGGCUCACUGCAGGACUCGCUCCCUCCAUACUGGAGCAUCUCCUAAGUCCCCGUGAGUCACUCAGAAAAAACCCUCUGAAUGGCUUCCUUUACAGUUCCCUAUAGGGUCUGUUGACAUGUAGUCAUACAGAAAACAACAAGCUCCUCUCCACCUUUAGUGUUCCUUUCACAACGCUCUGAACGCUGUCAGAUCCCCUGAAGUCCAGCGGCGGAGCGCCAUCCAAUCAGAAGGUCCUCGGCUGAAGCUCCGAGGAAACGCUUUGGGCGUCGAGUGAAUGUCGGUCCUCCCGAGAGACUUCUCUUAAACUCAACGAGGGGGGUGGGGCUUAAUGUAAAUGUAUUUAUUAGUGUUUAUUUGGAGACGUGAAUCGGAUGAGAGUUGAUUUCCACCGAAGAGGGCUUUGAAAUGGCGUCGCGGCUUCUUGAGCGAUCUGGAGGAUCUCUGUCUGAAAACCCAAAUAUCUCUGAGGGAACUCGACGUGAACGCAGGAGGGAAGGCUUCCUGUGAAGGGUCGUCCAGCGGGGGAACUUCCUGUUUGUGCACUCCCUUGUCCUUCCAUCUUGGAAAGGAGUUGGAAAAGAGAGAUUCGUUGGGGGUCAAGGUCAUCUUGGGGUCACGGGACAAUGUAUUAUUUCACCGUUUUCUGAACAGCCAGUGUUUGACACCCCUGUAAUCCAGAUGUGUAGUGAUCAGUACAGACCACUUGAACGUGAGUAGUAUAGUGAUACUAUUGCUCCAUGCUUCCACCUGCAGUUUCCACACGGCACCAUGUUUGUGUUUUCUCUCUGUUCAUGCCACCACAUCGGGCACAUUCACAUUGAUUUUAUACGAGGAGAGUGGAGAGCAUCUUUCAUCCUCUUCCCCCCCUAACGCUCACCUGCCGGCCCUCAGGGGCUCAUUCUGCCUCCUGCCGGGCGGUCGCACUCGGAGCCGUCAGGCCGUCUGUGGCCAUGAACAGGUGUGACCCGGCGGGAGGAAUCUGAAGCGCCGGGCCUGUUGGGCCCCGCCUCUAAUCCCCUCGCUCUCCCCCUCUGUUCGCACGUGUAAAUACCACUGAUUUUUAUUUUCAUCUUUUUACUUUUUACGACAGAGUUGUUUAUAUCUUAUCUCUCCUCCUCAUCCCGCCGGUGAAGCGGUCUUAUAGUUUGUCCAUUUUUGUUUUUUGUAAAUAAUUUUAUUUUUUUCACAAAUGUAAAUAUACUGCAAUGGGGAAAAAAAGAAAAAUCAGCCUCAUGUUUGUUGAUGCUCUCUCUCUCUCUCUCUCUCCCCCCCCCCCCCCCACCCCUCUGGUCCAGUGAAAGUGUAAAGUAGCUGUUAGCAGCGUUGUCACUCAGCCGUCCUCCCUGUUCGCGUACGUCUUCACCGCUGAGUGAAUAUUUCAAGGGUUCUAUCCCAAGAUGCUUCUCUCUGUUCUCUGGAUGGAAACGUAUACUCUCUUAAACAUGAUGUAACCCCUCUAGAGAGCUGAAUGUCAUGUCUGCGUGACGCCGCUCUCCAAACUGCUCGUCUCCGUCUAAUGUUGAUCCUCACCGUAUAAUAAAUGCAAACUGUCUGAAACGAUGUUUUGUUUUACUUUUUUUAUGAUUUCAUGGAACAGAGCGUGUCUUUUUUUCUAUAAAGCACCGUUUAAAGUCUAGAAGAUGGAUUAAAGCCUCUUUUCACUCUUUGAGAUCACGUCCCUGGUCCUAUUGUGCAGCAAUUUAUCAAUAUAUGAUUAUUUUUUCUUUAAAAUAAAUCUAUAUUUGUAUUUUUGACAAAAUCCAAUCGGCUUUUCUUCCUGUAAAACAAAAUAUGUUGCUUGCUCAAGUGAACUAGAACAUUUUCCACCUAUAAUGUAAAGCAAAAAGCUGCAGAUGGUUUCGUGGAUAGCAAUGAGACUUUUAUGGGACUCCAAAUCUACGCGCUGCAGAUUCUUCACCAGAGGGAGCUGUUGGUCAUUACUAGUGCAAGUUUAGUGAAACAAGUCAUUUUCUUUUGGGAACCCUUCUGUUGUACAAGCCCCUCCUCCCGUCUGUCCUCAGGAGCCAGCAGGACACACGGUGUGGAGUCGGAUGCGUAAACUGUUCGUCUUACACUGAGCAGAUUCAAAACGAGCCUCGAGCCUCACGUUGUGCUUUUUGCUUGUGUUUCGAAGUUCUCUGAAACCCAGUUGUGACUGAGGGAGAUCACUGCUCCUCUUCUAAUAAGUUAGUCUUUCCUCCAGAGCUGUUCACUUUGGUGUCACGGUCACCCUGCCCCGUGAGUGAUGGAAAGAGAGAGAGACUAUGUUCUGUGUAUGUUCUGUAUAAUAUGGACUCAUUUACUGUAAUAAAGUGAUGAAACUGUU